AUGAAAGAGACACCCCAACUUGGAAGCGGGUGUACCAUCUCGCGAGGCUCUCCCAUGACAUCCUGCACUCUCGCUAGCAUCGACGCCGUCACGGCCGAGGACUUCCAGGCCGUCUACGUCUCCAACGUGCUAGGCCCGAUCCUGCUGACGCAGGCGUGCAGGCCGCACCUGCCCGACGACCGGUCCGGGCGCAUCGUUUCACUCUCGUCGGUGGGCAGCAAGAUCGGCAUGGCGGGGCUGAAGCUGUACGGUGGCACCAAGGGCGCGCUCGAGGCCAUGGCGCGGACGUGGGCGCGGGAGCUGGCCGAGCACUGCACGGUCAACGCGGUCAGCGUCGGGAGCACCAUGACGGACAUGUUGGCGCAGGCGCCGCACGAGGCCAAGGUGGCCAUUUCGCAGUUCUACCCCAUCACGCCGCUGGCGCCGGGCCGGGAGUUUGACAGCGAGCAGCAGAGGGCAUUCGUCGAGCAGUACGGGGGGAGGGCGGCGUACCCAGAAGAGAUUGCGGGGGUGGUGGGCAUGAUCUGCAAUGGAGGGUUGUGGAUGAGUUCUUAG